GGACUCAAUUACUUUUCACAACUCGACGCGUGUGGACGGCACGCUGUGUUUUGUUUUGAGGGCGGGGAGAUGACAGCCGAGGCGUCCUGCGCGCCCAUUGGCUCGCGGCUCGCGGCUGCAGCCCAGCCGGCAGCUCCGGAGCAGCCUGAUCCGAAGGGUGAACGUGGAGAGAGCCGCAGCGAGGUCCGGGCGUUUCUCAGAAGAGGGCAGCCUCUUCACGGAAGAAAGUGGUGUCUGCCGGCUGCCCGGCCGCGAGGACCUUCUGUGAACAAGCCCGGGCACCGGGCGGGGCGGGGCGUUGCAAGCUGUUCCCGAGGCGAGGAGGAACGAGGAGAGGAGGCAGGGUCGCUGCUCUCCAGCAGCCGGUUCGUCGCUUCCUGUAGCCGGGGUCGCCGCUGCUCUGCAGCCCCGCGCCGUCAGCUUUGUUUACAGACCAGUUGCUCAACUGAGGAAUACAGUGAAAUUGGAAGUCAAUAGCAUUUUGGACUUUUAAAGCAUGCCAACCUUUUUAAAGACAGCGAGGAGCUCAACAUAAACAGAGAAAAGGGGGACAGCACCCCGCCGCCGCCGCCGCUUGGAGGGUGUUGAUUGAAAACUUCGAUCUCCCCACCCCAUUCACGGUUGAUUUGACGGAUUUCUCACCUCGUUCACAGAACAUAUUUCAAUUAAGGUCCCUUUAGAUGGAAUAUAAUACAUCGGAAGCCUCAAAAAGAUUAAUGCCUGAAUUAACUUACCUUCAAUAAAAGAGAAAGCUAAGUGGUGAAGCCCACAGAACCUCAAACCUGGAUUCCACAAUUCUGCAUUAAACUCUGGAGUUUUUAUAACUCUGCUGUAGAAAAGCCUUUGCCAAUGCUUACAAGGAACUGUUUAUCCCUGCUUCUCUGGGUCCUGUUUGAUGGAGGUCUCCUAACACCACUUCAACCACAGCCACAACAGACUUUAGCCACAGAACCUCGAAAAAAUGUUAUCCACCUGCCAGGUCGAAGAGCACAUAUCCAACGUGUUAAACGUGGCUGGGUAUGGAAUCAAUUUUUUGUGCUGGAAGAAUACAUGGGCUCCGAGCCUCAGUACGUGGGAAAGCUUCAUUCUGACUUGGACAAGGGAGAGGGUACUGUUAAAUACACCCUCUCAGGAGAUGGUGCCGGCACAGUUUUUACCAUUGAUGAAACCACAGGGGACAUUCAUGCGAUAAGGAGCCUAGACAGAGAAGAGAAACCUUUCUACACCCUUCGGGCUCAGGCUGUGGACAUAGAAACCAAGAAGCCCUUGGAACCUGAAUCAGAAUUUAUCAUCAAAGUGCAGGAUAUUAAUGAUAAUGAGCCAAAGUUUUUGGAUGGGCCUUAUGUUGCGAGUGUUCCAGAGAUGUCUCCUGUGGGUGCAUAUGUGUUCCAGGUCAAGGCCACAGAUGCCGAUGAUCCGACCUAUGGAAACAGCGCCCGAGUCGUUUACAGCAUUCUUCAGGGACAACCUUACUUCUCUAUUGAUCCGAAGACAGGUAAAUUUUUUAUUAGAGACAGCAUUAUCAUCGGUCCUUCAAAUAUUUAA